GCUUGCAGUAACUCAGCAGCCAGGGUCAUCCGAGGCAGUUGUUUUUCCCCCAGCGACUCAGCAAUUACUGGUGCCUUCUGUAAUUUCUGUAAGUUACACCCCUGAAAGGGUUCAGAAAGCUCUAACAGAGCAACAGGAACAGAAGGCCAUCACACAUCACCCCCUAGAAAGGACAGAAAUGGCUCUAAAUGAGGUACAGGAACAGAAUGCUGUUAUACAUUACACCCCAAAAAGGGCACCAAUGCCUUUCACUGUGCAGUGGGAACAGAACGCCACCAACGGAAUGAGCAUAUGCGAGCUCUGUGUCUGCCAAGACGAAACGCUGUCCUGUACCGGCCUCCGCCCAGAGAAGAGGCUCCACAGAGUGCCUGUGCCAGAGCCCAACGAGUACAAUGGCACCUUCACGGUCUUAAAUUUCCAAGGAAACUCUAUUUCUUAUAUUGAGGAAAAUAUUUGGAAGGCAUACCGCUGGACUGAGAAACUAAUUCUCAGUGAAAAUUCUUUGACCGAAUUACGUAAGGAUUCAUUUGAAGGCCUGCUAUCCCUCCAGCAUUUAGAUUUAUCCUGCAAUAAAAUACAGUCUAUUGAAAGACGUACAUUUGAACCACUACCUUUUUUACAGUCUAUAAACCUUGGCUGCAAUUUAAUCACAGAACUUGGCUUUGGAACAUUUCAGGCCUGGCAUGGAAUGCAGUUUUUACAGACGUUAGUUCUCAAUCGUAAUCCUCUGACAGCCAUCGAAGACUCGUAUCUUUUUAAAUUGCCAGCAUUAAAAUAUUUAGACAUGGGAACAACACAAGUGUCACUUACAACAGUUGAGAACAUCCUCAUAAUGACACUCAAGUUGGAAAAACUGAUCUUACCUAGCCAUAUGGCAUGCUGCCUGUGCCAGUUUAAAAGUACCAUUGAAGUUGUCUGCAAGACAGUCAAGCUGCAUUGUGACAGUGGAUGUCUGAUAAACAGCACACGUUGCAGUGAAGAAGCAUCUCUGGGGGCCGCAGAAGGAACGUUUAUGAAGGCAUUACAAGCCCGGAAGAAGAACACCAGCACUGAGCUCACUAUUGAGCCAGAAGCUGCAUCCUCAGACAGAAGUAGUGUCAACUUGUCAACUGUCCUGAAUGAGCCUCUAGGCUUUAAUGAUGAAAGUGAUGUUAUUAGUGCACUAAAUUACGUAUUGCCUUAUUUCUCGGAGGGAAAUCUAGAACACAUAGAAUUAACGUUAUUACCAUUGAUUAAACUGCUUUUUUCAAAGGAAAACCACCUGGCAAAGAUCCAGAGAACAGGUGUCGGGAAAAGGCCGCAAAGGGUGAACAGAGUCCUCAAGAGGCCAAAGGGCAUAAAGAAAAGGCACUUCAAAGAAACGGAAGAUCUGAGCAUCAAGAGGAAACAAGGGGCCAAGUCAUUUAUGGAGAACACGCCCAAAGCAAGAAGGCCCCUAAGGCCACUCUCAAAGAAGGUGGACCGACUUCUCAAGGUGCGGAGGCAAAGGAAGUUAGGGGGAGUCCCCUUCAACACAGAGCCUUCAUCCAGCAAGGAACGUAAGGCAGCAGUCUCUUCUUCCCUGAAACAAUACUCCAUGGGCAGACCUUCUACCUCUCCUUCUUCAAAAGGCCCACCCGAGAUUAGAAUCCUUUCAAAAGACUUGUCCUACACCUUUUUUGUCUUAGAAGAGGCGAACGCUAGAGUUAAAAAUAUAAAAGAGACUCCUAAAUCAGUAUCACAUUCCAGAAAAAAUUACAUCUACCAUAAAUCUCGCUCUCGUGUGGUUCACAGAAGACCAAAGGCCAAAACGAGUCGAAGGUUCAGAAAGGUGCGUAAACUGAUGCUUAGAAAUAGACCUCCUUCCUCUGCAGUGAGGAGCCUCAUAAAUUCCCCUCCUCGAGAGGCUUUUUCAUCUUCAGGAGAACUGAGUUCUCCAGAAAAUCCUUUUCAAGAAUGGUUUCCUUUUUCAGGGCCAUCUGCAAAAAACAUUACUGUACACAAUGCUACUAUGCUAGGUGAGACUACCCCUGAAAUCACUGCCCAUAAGGAUCCUUCCACUGCAGAUUCUGUUGUGACUGCAGACAACUUCAUGGCAUCUGUUAAACAAACAAAUGAAACACAAUGGGAAUACCAGAACAUGGGCCCUGACUUACCCUCCAAGCCCCAUGGCUCCUCUCUCCCAUUGCUCUCAUCCCCGGGUGAUCAAUUUGAAACUCAGCUAAACCAGCAGCUACGGUCCCUCAUCCCCAACAACGAUGUGAGAAGGCUCAUUGCUCAUGUUAUGCGGACACUGAAACUGGACUGCUCAGAGCCCCAGGUACAACUGGCCUGUGUCAAGCUCCUCUCCAGAACAGGCCUCCUAAUGAAGCUUCUCAGUGAGCACCAAGAAGUUAAGGUGUCCAAGGCAGACUGGGAUACAGACCAAUGGAAAACUGAGAACUACAUCAACGAGAGCACAGACGUCCAGAGUGAGCAAAAAGAGCAAGAGUCAAGUGAGCUCACAAAAGAAGUUCCAGGAUAUGGAUAUAACCACAAACUCAUCUUGGCGAUAUCUGUGACUGUGGUUGUAAUGAUUUUAAUUUUCUGCCUCAUUAAGAUUUAUGCUCACCGAGCAACAUCAGAGGAAGACAAAGAAGGAUCCUCACGGGGCUUUUUCCGAGGUCUGCUGCACAGGAGAUGCCCGUCGGGAAGUGAAAGUCAGGAGGGCUUUUUCUGGAGAAGGUGGCCACUUUGGCUCAGGGAUAUGUAUAGGCCUGUCAGUGCCACCCGCGAGAGAAACAUGGCACAGAAGCCACACGACAAAGAUUCUUCUGAUGAGGAUGAGGUUUUUAACAAAGAUGCCAGGUAAAUGAUUGGGGACAAUUUAAACUUCUUAUGUAAAAUGAGGAGAUAUCAAAAGGGCAGAAAUGUAGAACAGAAUUUCAAAUUCUCAUGAACUCCAUACUUCUGGAGCCAUGGAAGCUGGAUGAACCCCUAAAACUAUUACCCUGAGAUAAUCUUUAAACCUUCAACCAAAUAUAUCACCUAAAGCCUUCUUAAAACCAAACAGUACUUUAGCUUAACUAGUAAAGAAUGUCUUCCUUGAGCGUUGUGCUCUUUUAAGGUCUACCUGUAUGGGAUCAAACUGACAACAACAACAGCAAGGGCCCCUAAGCCUUAGGGGGCAAUGAGUUUAUGUUAAAGGCAGAUGAACAACUCAGGAAAGGAGGGUAAGAAUGGUUGCACAGCUUGAAGAAGGAAAUCAAUGUCACUGAAUUGUGCAUGUAGAAAAUGUCGAUUUGGUAUAUGUUUUGCUGUGUAUGUUCUCAACAACAACAAAACUGAUAAAAUUUUUUAAAAAAGAAAAAUCAUAAAAUGAGCAGGUGAUGAAAAGUUUAACUGCUCCUUUCAAGAAUAAGAGCUUUGCUCUUCUUAUCCCAGGGAAGCCAGCGAAGUCACAACAGAGAAGGCUGAGCCUACAGAGACUACUACAGAGGCCGGUGAGGAAAGCGAACUGCUUGAAGUCAAGACCACAGAGUGAACCCCGUCCUGCCUCAGGCUACCCACAAAUUUUAUUUUCUGAUAUUGGCUUCUCACCAUUGCUUGUAAACUACUUGUUUUCCUCAUAUUAAAAUACAUAAAUUCUAUAACCAAUUCUAGCCAUGUGGUAAGGAAUUGAAAU